CCGCGUGCGGGCUGCGCUUGCUCUUGGAUGAGGAUUGAGGAUCACAUCGCACCGCCCGCCGCCCACCGCCGGCACGCGACGGCGUCGCCAGAGCGGCGCGUCCGCGCUGUCCUUCCUGCAUGCUUGCCACCCAGCUCGCCUCGCCACGCGUCUCGUGGCGCUAUUGCUCGCUUCCCUCGCCACGGGCCACGGCGCACCUGCGGACAUUAGUGGGCAGCCCGUCAUCUCCCGAGCAAAUCGCGCCUGCUAGGCCGAAACCUAGGUAGGAAGACGAGGUCCUCUUCUCUGCCGCUGGCCUCCGCGCCGGUCGUUGUCCGCAAGCACCACCGCGGUAAGCCACCAACCGCCUUUCGAUCGCCGGGCCCCAUCGCCAAACCAUCUCGCCGCCUCGUGAGCCGACCUACCAUCAUCAGUUGAGGUCACUACUCACUAGGGCUUUGGAAAUUCAAAGUAAGCUGCUUGGAUCAUAGCGAGAGAGUACAAAGGGCCUGAGUUUGUGAGCAGUCGAUCCAUACUGAGCUUUGCAGACCAUCAUUGCUCCUGCACAAUGGACGGUGUGCGAUCCAUAGAGUCCCUGGCUGCUGGAGAUGCUCCGCAUAAUUCUUUCCGAACCCUUGGACCAGCACUCGUGGUCUCAAUGGGGUAUCUUGACUUCGGGAAAUGGUUGGUGGCAGUGGAAGCUGGGUCUCGGUUUGGCUAUGAUCUUGUCCUGCUCGUGCUGCUUUUUAAUUUAUCAGCUAUUCUGUGUCAGUACCUCUCGAGUUGUAUCGGCAUUGUCACCGGGAAGAACCUUGCCGAGAUUUGCCACCAGGAGUAUAAUCAGAAAAUAUGUGUUAUUCUUGGUCUUCAAGCAGGACUGUCCUUGUUAACUUCUGAACUGACCAUGAUUGCAGGCAUCGUAGUUGGGUUCAACCUUGUAUUUGAAAGCAAUGAUCCUAUCACAGUUGUAUGUUUAACAAGUGUUGUAGUUAAUCUGCUACCAUAUACACUCUCCCUUCUGAGCAUGAGGAAGGCCGGAAUGUUUAAUGCCUACGUAUCUGGCUUUACACUAGUUUGUUUUGUGCUUGGUUUAUUAGUCAGCCAUCCCAAGACCCCUGUCGAUACGAACGUAAUGUUCCCCAAGUUGAGUGGUGAAAGUGCUUACUCACUGAUGGCACUACUUGGCACAAAUAUAAUAGUACACAACUUUUAUACUCAUUCAUCAGUUGUUCAGGUUCAGAGAAGAUUUCAGGGUCAUACGCUUGGUUCUCUGUUUCAUGGUCACUUCUUUUCUAUACUAUUUGCAUUUUCUGGUAUCUUUCUUGUGAAUUAUAUUCUGCUGAGUUCAGCAGCUGAUGAGUCCAAAAACACAAUGGCCCUUAACUUCCAAGAUGCUAGACAGCUAAUGAAUCAGGUACUUACAAAUCCUGUGGCGCCAAUUGUAUUAUUGGUGAUCCUUAUCUUUUCAGGCCACAUCGUAUCAGUGACGUGUAUUAUUGGCAGUGAUGUAAUUUCAGAGAAUCUCUUCGGCCUAAAACUGCCUCUUUUUGCACACCAUCUGUUACCUAAGGUUUUUGCCAUGAUUGCUACUAUAUACCAUGCGAAGGUUGCAGGAUUUGAAGGGUUAUAUCAGUUACUUAUCGUCUGCCCAAUUGUCCAAGCUAUGCUCCUUCCUUCGUCUGUUAUACCUGUUUUCCGCAUUUCCUCAUCAAGAUUAUUGAUGGGCAGAUACCGGAUACCUCUAUAUGUUCAAAUAUUGUCCUUCCUAGCAUUUCUUCUAACGCUGUUUACAAAUAUCAUUUUUGCGGCGGAAGUUCUGUUUGGUGAUAGCACUUGGACAAAUGACCUGAAAGGGAACACUGAAAACCCUAUGCUACUUCCAUAUAUCGUUGUAGUCCUGGUCUCUUGUGCAUCUAUUGGUUUUGCACUGUUCCUUGCUGUUACUCCAUUAAAAUCAGCAUGUAAUUAAGCUGAGAGAAUGUUGUCCGUGCACUCAUCACAGAGAGAAACGUUGGAUGCCACUCAUCGCAGCAAAGCAACUUCUCUGAAAAAUGGGGCACAUGAAGUUCAGAGGUCAUUAGUCAUCCCUGUUCCACAGGAUUCAUCGAAAGGCCAUCAGAAAUAAUUUUGUGGCAUACCACUCAUCUUAGAUCAGCUUUCGAUCAUAUGGGCAGCUCUGUCGCUACUCUAGAAGCAACUACUCCAUAUGGCUAGUAAUCCUGAAGCUCACCCUUGCCGUGAGGUAACAAAAUCAGCUAAGCUUAUGUCAACUGAAAUGGUUGUGGAAGUAUACGCAGAUGCCUGCAUUGUAGGGGCACAUGCUCUGGAAUUCGACAAGUCUGCUUGAGGUAAAACACCAAAUGAUCAAUGCAAUGAACAAGUAUUCCUAUCUCGAUCAUUUAAAUUCACACUUGACAUUGGUCCUAUGAUGAUUGCACCUCUGUUUGUGGGAGUGAAAGUGAUGACUUAUCUACUUAUUACUCAAAGAAACACCACAGUUUCACCUUCAUCUGUGGUGAUUGCUGCAAGCAGAAGAAUGUUUUUGUUGAAUGAAGCAUAUUAAUGUGGAUAGUGGUGCUGCAAAUCAGGUGGUUUCUCUGUAGGAUACAUAUGACAAAUCACCAUGAAGCAAAUUAAUGUUGACAGUGGUGCUGCAAUUCAGGUGGUUCCUCUGUAGGAUACAUAUGAAAAAUCACCAUGUGUGGACUUGGCAACCAGGUUCUAGUCUCAACUUGCACAUAAGGGGGCUCUUGCGAGUUGUGACACAAUCUUCUGACAUCAAAGCAUGAACACUAGCCCUGCUAAAUCCCUUCAGGCCAAGCAGCCAUUUGGUGUGGCCAGCUCGGAAUUGAAUAAGAGUGAGGUUUCACUGGUAGAUCUAGUGGCAGGGUCAAAGGAUGAUUUCCCUUACCAAAUAUGCUUGCAUUCUUGAGGCAAAUCGUUGGUCCCGCAUUCUCCAGUACCCUGGAACACCUCGUCCCCAGUCCCCACAGGGUGUGCGUGCAUCCCUAGCAGCCUCCAGCAGCCGAGCCUGGAUGAAAAGCCCAUCACUGGUCGGUGUCGGUCUCAACAUGCCGCGCGCCUGUGAUCUUGGAGGCUGCAAAGACGUGGAGGUGGAGCCGAAUGCACAUCAAGAAAAGGGAGGUAGUUUUCCGAUGGGACGCUGUAAAUUUCACUUCACCUUAACUCUAGGGUCUCCGCAGUUUGGCUGGUUGAGUUGCUGUUUGUUGCUUGCUGCCCGAAAGUUCUUAGGCUCAGGCCUAUUUAAAUCUGAGCUUGUUGCAUUUACAUUGCCAGAUGCCUAGGUCUUGUUAUUAUCCCUAAAUGCCCUGAACAGAACUGUCUUAAUGUAGUGAUUGGACCAAAAGUUGGGUGGCCACCGUCAUGUUGCGUUU